AUCUUACCAGCAGAGGUUUGACGUGGAAGUCGGGAAUAGUAAAGCUGACGAUUGUCAACCGAGCCGGCGUCGUCGACUUGGCUCCGCUAAGCCUAGGCUGCUUGACUUGCUUCGAUAUCGUAACGUGACUGCAAUCUUUCUGACACUCUUUUUGCGCUGUAUUUUCAGACUGAACUCACAACCGAUUCUUCGACGCCUCAGGCCACAGCGAUCAUGGCCGCGAGCCCCAAGCGCGUCCGAUCGGCGGAUGCCAAGAAAGAGCGUAGCCGUGAACGCACGAAGAAGAGCAGAACGGCAUCCACAAGCAGCUCGCGUUCGAGCAGCGCUGCCAGCAGUGGCAGUAGCUCAAGCGGAAGCAGUUCCAGCGGAAGCAGCUCCAGUGGAUCGUCCCGCUCGUCGUCGUCAUCAUCUUCGUCCUCGUCCCGCUCCACGUCCGUGUCACCGAGGAGGCGCCGGAACCGCGUGUCCAGGCCUUCAAAGCCAGCCCCCUCUUCUGCACCCACGUCCGCAAGCGGAGCCCGCGGAGGUGGAGGUGACGCCGGCAGCGGCAGCAAGACCACCAACGCGACCAGUUCAAGCAGCAGCCGGCGCAAGCGGACCCCUACACCGCCCCGGCCGUGCAAGAUUCACGUGGGCCGACUGACGCGCAACGUCACUCGUGACCACCUGCUGGAGAUCUUUGGAUGCUAUGGUGCAGUGAAGAGCGUCGAGCUCCCACCGGACCGCACCCACAGCCACCUUUCGCGCGGCUUUGCCUACAUCGAGUUUGAGAACCCCGCCGAUGCUGAGAGGGCCAUGCGUCACAUGGAUGGAGGUCAGAUCGAUGGCCAAGAGGUAACGGCGGCAUCGGUCCUGCUGCCGCGACCUGUGCCUCCACGGCGGCCCAGCCCGCCCAUGCCCCCGAGACGACCCCCUGCACCGCCCCCGCAUUGGCGGAGGUCACCCCCGCCAAGGUCACGUCCGCGAAGGUCACCUCCACCCAGAGGGCGUUCAGGCCGAAGUCCUCCGUCAAACCGGCACCGCUCGCCAAGACCAUCGCGUCGAUCACGGUCUCCGGUUGGCACGGGCGGAGGACCCAGGCGCCACGCACGUUCAAGCUCGAGCUCCUCACGUUGACCGUCACAUCCGUCUCAUCGAAAGUCCUGAUACACUGGCACCAUCUGUAAUCAUGACUACCACCUGCCAUCAUUUUCACUGCAUGCUCGGCACUUGCGGUGCUUCUAGAGUACAGAGCUCAACACGCUUGUCUAGAAUGGUCGAGUGGCACAUUUUAUACUGCACGGGUGAUGUCUGUUGACGACGCCUGGUUUGAAAUAGCCUACAUGUAAUCACUCAUCAUUCGCAGCUGAGUAAGCAUAAAUUUGG